AUGAGCAAUGACUCCGGGGUGUGCCUCGAUUUGAACGCCGAACUUUGGAUCUACCGUCGUGAUGUCACCACUCUUCCAAUUACGAUGGCCGCUUUCGCUCUUCUAUACACGCUCAUCAUUUUCGUGGGCAUUGUUGGAAAUUCGUGUGUCAUUUUGGCGAUCUGGAGGAAUAAAGCCCUGCAAACAGUGCCGAAUCUCUUCAUUUUGUCUCUUUCUUGUUCGGAUGUUUUGGUGUGCUGUGUCUCGGGAACGAUCACGCCGAUCACAGCCUUCAAAAAGGAAUGGCUAUUCGGACAACCGCUUUGCUCAAUUGCACCCUGGGUGGCGGGCAUCACGCUCGUCUUCUCCACUUUCACAUUAACAGCGAUCUCCGUCGAUCGAUAUAUGUUGAUUCGACAUCCGAUGAAGAAGCCAUUGACACUCAAUCAAGCGUUGAUGGUCAUUGCGGGAAUCGCCACUUUCGCCUCACUAAUCUCACUGCCAACAAUGCUCAAGCAACGCCUCGGACCAUUCCCGAACUUUUGCGGGGAAUUCUGCACAGAGGAUUGGGGAGAUCCGACCGAUGGAGGAGAUCACGGACGGAAAAUUUAUGGCGGUGUCCUUUUGAUCAUGCAAUUCGUCAUCCCACUCACCAUUAUCAUUAUCUCAUAUACGGCAAUCUCGCUAAGGAUUGGACAAAGUAUGAUCCUAAAAGGCACACAAAAGAAUGGCUCAUGCAAUUGGGAAGCAAAUCUCACAGAUCAACAAAGAAUCGCUUUGAAGAGAAGACAAAGAACGAAUCGGAUGUUGAUUGCGAUGGUGGUCGCUUUUUCGGCUAGCUGGUUCUGGUCGGUUGCUUACAAUGUGCUCAGGGAUUAUAAUUACUUGCCGGAUGUGUUGAGAGAUCAGGAAUAUUUGCUGGGAAUUGGAACGCAUUGUAUAGCGAUGACGUCAACGAUCUGGAACCCGAUCCUGUACGCGAUGUUGAACCUUCAACUCCGACAAGCAUUCAUCCGCCUUUUGCCCGCUCCAUGGAGAAGGCGUUUCUCUUCAGACGAUCUCGAGAAGACUUCUCCGCUCAUCAAUGGGCAUUGUCACCAAAAUGGGCUGAAUGGUGUCGAUCAUCCAUCAACUUUCCCUUCAUCGACUCGGCCAAAGUAUGGGGCCACCCAGAGGAUCACAUUGGGAAUUCCAAUCGACACGAAUGGGGGAUCGGUUGUGAUUCGGAAAAGAAGUCGUGAAGAAAAAGGGGACGAGAGAAGCGAUUGGGAAAGGGAAAUGAGAGACAAUGAGAGAGAAUUGAUGGCAAUCGAAUCGAGGAGGGGAAGCAGACUGUCGGCUAUACGGGUAAUCGUCUCGAAGCUUUCCUCCGGUCUCUCCGAUCAAGGUGACGAGGAUCUA